UAUAUGGUCACAUGUGUAAUCGAACCACGUGACCAGGUAAACAUGGCCGUCCGAAGACGGUAGACGGAACGUUCUUUUUUCAUUCCUUCAGAAAACAUUCGUUUUCUUGGCCCCAUCGACACAUUUGGGACGGAUUUCUGCGUGCAUUUUGGAGCCAAGGCCAGUAAUCCCAGGUCUGUGAUUGGCUGAUUCUCCAUCUUCUGUAAUUGGCCAGUUCUCCUUGGUCAGUGAUUGGCCAAUUUUUACCAGACCGUGAUUGGCUGCCUUUACUUCAUCUUCUGUGAUUGGUCAGUUCUCCCUGUGCUCUGAUUGGUUGCUUUAAGUGAUGAUGAAGUCGGGGGAUGUGGAAAAGAGGUUUGCUGAAGUAGCAGUUUACGAUGUGUGAACCGAGUGACCAGUCUAACAGGGAAGUGGUUGGGACUGCAGUAACUGGAGCAGCAGAUUCGCAAACAGCAACAUUCACAUCCACCUCCAGCCAAAACAUAGUCCCAGAUUUCCUGACGUCCUCCACCAGUGUUGAAUGGAACGAUCCACUGACUGAGGGUGGCUUUGGAGACGUACUACAGUCUGCCCAGGACGACCCAUCCGGGCGCAACCUGUUCUCGGAGCUGUGCGGUCCGCAGCAACUCUCCGCCGACCAAGUCGAGAAAUUCCUCAACGAGACCAACCAGUCUUCCCAGUAUGUGGACAGCACUUUGGACCCUUCCAUUGAAGAGAGCAUCGACUCUAUGCUCAGAGACAAUGAUCCUAUGUUAACGUCCACUUCCGUUGAGAACUUCAAACUUGACAUCGGAGUCUUCGACAAUACCAGCGACGGACUAACUCUUGUGAAUCCCGAGCCGGGCAUUCCCGGCGACAUCAACCCAGAUACAUUCCUCAAAGAUUUGAACGACGUCGGAAGCUCGUCGCAAACGGAAAACAAAAUGGAGCCAAUGCCGACGCGUCGGUCGCCAAGAGUCGCGGGAAUAGCGCCAACAACGGCACAAGAAGAGGAGACGAAAGCGCAAGGCGACAAGGCGGAUACGCCACCACAGAAAAAAGAAGCGGAGCCAAAGAAUCUUCGGAGGAGUUCGCGAAUCCAACGGAAAGACGACAGCGGGGAUAGCGCCACCCCGUCGCCAAGAACGAGAGGAAGAGCGGCAAAGUCGUCACCGCAAGUCCAGAAGACGCCUCUGAUGGCGAGAAGAACUCGCGCCUCUGCCGUGAGACUGCAGACAGAAGCAGCGUCUGUUGAAUCGGACACAGCGACAACUGGCGAGGAAAGCUUCCCAUCACCCCCUAGAACGAGACGACAGGUAGCAGCGAAAACCUCUCCUGGGAAAAAGACAGCGAUAACCCCUAAAAGAGCCGCGGCACUCCUGCAAAAGGCUGGCGCAACAGUUUUAAAGAAAGCGCUGCCAACUUCCAAGGAGGCGGCCUCCCCACCAACACCUAAAGAAUCACCCUCUGUGUCCAAGGAAACUGAAGUCCCUCCUCAAGAAACUCCGAUUGAAGAGUCUCAAGAAACCCCAAGUACACCUCAAAAGGUGGUAGAAUCAACCCAAGAAACCCCAUCCACACCCCAACCAACCCAGGAUGAAGGAGUUAAAACAGAAACACAGGUAACCCCCAGCACAGCCCAGGUAAGACCAAGCGUAACCCAGGUAACUCCAAGCUUGACCAUGGAGACACCAGUAAAAGAAGUUGCAGUCUUGGCUACUGACGCCCCCUUGCAGAAAUCAACUGCACUGCAGGAGAUGGAAACACCUGCAGAAACAAGUGCAGAUGUAACAGAAACACCAACUGUAUCUAAGGAAGAUGACAGUAAAGAAGAAACGGAUUCCAGCCCGAAUAACACUAGAAAGUCCACAAGAAUACAAGUCAAGGAGAAAGAGGAAGCAGAGAGAGUUGAACUUGCCCGUGUGCGGAUGUUGGAUCACGAUUACGCUCAACCAGUUGACGAAAAGCGUGCUGCGAAAAGAAAAGGCGGCAAACCUGUUGAAGGCGAUGACGCAGCAAGCGGUAGUAACGAACAAGAACUGUCUGAGCUGAAAUCUGAGCCCAAAGAAGACACUGAAUCUAAAACUCCCACACCGAAAAGGGGAGGUAGAAAGAAAGGAGCAAAGAAAGCCGAAGAGGAGAAAAAAGAACAAGAAUUGAGUGAAGAAACAAAAGAAGAGGCAGAGGAAGAGAAGGAUGGGGAAAAGGGAGCGAAGAAAAAGACCACACCUGCGAAAAAACAACAGGAAAAGACGCCGAAAAGAGCAGCAAUAGGUAAAAAAGGGGUAGCUCCAAAGUCCCCAAAAGAGACUCCUCCCCCCUCUGCUAAAAAGGGGAAACGAAAAUCAGAAGUUUCCGAAUCGGAAGAAGAAGAUCUUCCGCUAAAAAGACUGAUGGAAGAAAUGCACAAGGAAAAAGCUCAAGAAGUGAUGGCGAAACAGCAGAAAAAGAAACCGGAAAGAAAGCGUAGAAAAUCUUCUGUUCAAAUUGUUGAGGUAGAGGAACCAAUACUAUUCACCCCUGAUAAUGCCGCUCCAUUGGUCAAAGAGGAAGAGGUCAAAGUUCAUGGAAAGAAAGAUGGCGGAACUGAGGAGGAGGCAUCGACCAAUAAGGAAGGAAUAAAACCUAAGGAAGUGAAACCAGUUAAGACGGAAAAGCCUUCUACAAGUACCAAGGAGGAAAGAAGAAAGUCCUUGGAGAAGGACGAAGCCAAGAAAGCAGUCAAGGACAAGGAAAGACAGAGGAAGGAUUCUGUCAAAUCAGAGAAGUCAGACAAAGAGCACCAAGGCAAUGAGUCGGGUUCUGAAAGUGAUGACUCUGGAAUGACCUUCUCAGAUGACCCCAAUGACAGUGACUGGGAAGAUGAAGACCCACACAAGGCCUACUGUAUCUGUAGAAAGCCCCAUGGGAAAAGGUUCAUGAUCUGCUGUGACCGUUGUGAAGAGUGGUACCACGGAGACUGUGUGGGUAUCACCAAGAAGGAGGGGAUACGCAUGGAGAAGAACAGUGAAGACUACAUCUGUCCUAGAUGUAAAGAAAAAGCUGCUAAAGAAAAGACUGUGGCGGACUCUGAACCCAAGGCACAGCAAGACAAGGAGGUACAUGUGAAACAUGUAAAGAAAAUGCAUACUAAGGAAGAGGGAAGUGAUGAUGCUUCAACCAGUAAAUCUGACAGCAAAAAGAUGAAGUCAAAGGAAGAGCACUCCAAGACGGGCAAGGCAGUCAAGAAAGAUCCUUCCAAGAAGGGCGAAGAAGGCACAGAGACUCUUAAGAGACAAAAGUCUAAGGAGGAAGAGAAGGAAUCGGAGAAGGAGAGUCCAACUGCGAAGAAAAAGAAAAUCAAGAUUUUUAAGGAUAAGUACCACCCCAGACAGAAGUGUAUCGGCGCGGGCUGUACCAACUGGGCGCAGCGGGGAUCGGUGUACUGCAGCAACAACUGCAUCCUGAGCCACGCCCGCGAGUCUCUCAAACUCAUCAACAAGGAGAAGCAGAAGUACGGCCUGCUGGACGCGCACGGCAAGAAGGACCCCAAGUCUUCUCCCGUAGGUUUCAAACCUACAUCGUUUUACGCUAAGCCUGACUCCACAUCCCAUGGCCAUCAUCAUAAGAAGGUCCCGACUUCCCCUCCUGCUACUUCUGCAGAGAAAGGCAAAAAGGACCCGGAGAGAGUCGCUGUCAUUGAAAGAUCGACUGGCCGUUUGCUUGCUGGUUUGUCUGCCCCAACAGAAGAUAACCUGUCCCAGUGGCUGGAGACACAUCCAACCUAUGAGGUCUUGAGGCCAGAGGUCAAGCAGACACAAACUUAUGGUAAAGAGGCAGAGAAAGUGAAGAAAGGCCAGUCGUCUAAGCCAAUCGAGCUGGACCCGGUACGGCUGAACGUACGACGGGCGCUAAAGGAUCUUCUGAAGGAUAGACAAGACAAGUGUGACACGAUGAAGAAGAAGAAGUCGCCAGAAGACAUCAUGAAGGUCGCCUCGUCUAUAGAAACAGAGCUGCACAAGCUGUACAACGAUACGGGAACCAGAUACAAGUCCAAGUAUCGCAGCCUCAUGUUCAACUUGAAGGAUGCCAGAAACACAACCCUGUUUAAGAGAGUUCUGACAGGAGAGAUCCGGCCUCACAAACUGGUGAAGAUGUCACCAGAGGAGCUGGCCUGUAAGGAACUGGCACAGUGGAGGGACAGGGAGACCAAACAUACCCUUGAGAUGAUCGUGAAGAAAGAACAAGAAGAGGCCCAGAUGGAGAAACAUCUCACCAAGAAAACUCACAAAGGAGAGAUUGAGAUUGAUGAUGAUCUUGGAGAGCUGAAAACUGAGAAGUCGGACGAGAAGGAGCGAGAGGAAGCGUACGUUCCCGUCACGGCGGAUGCGGAAGGUGCGGACGUCCUGUCCACCAUGUUGGUGGAUACGACAGAGCAGCACCGAGCCCACCUGUUCGACCUGAACUGUAAAAUCUGUACAGGCAGAAUGGCUCCUCCCACUGACGAACAACCUGCCAAGAAAGUCAAGGUUGCAAAGACAGUGAUCGAAGCAUCCUCCACAACCAAACCUGACGAGAGCAGUACUGCAGAAUCGCCUGGACCAACCGUAGACACCACAACGGGAAGCCCAACUGAACCUCUUGUGCAGUCAGACACAGAGGAGAGCUCGCCUGACUCAGCCAUGCCAUCUCAGUCAGAGUUACCACUGUCGAAGGAGCCGUCGGUUUGGAAGGGGUUCAUCAAAAUGGAACAGCUGACGAAGUUCGUUACUCAUGCUUAUCCUGUGUCUGGCAGCAUGGAAGACAUUCAAGAGGACUUGCCUGACACCAUAAUGAUUUCUGGAAGAAUCUCUCACAGCCAUAUUUGGGAAUAUCUGGACAAGAUCAAAUCAAGUGGAAACAAGGAGAUCUCCAUCAUCAGGUUUCAGCCAGCAGUGGAUGAGGAGAAGGUUGGGUACAUCAUGCUCUACUCGUACUUCCACAGUCGCCAGCGAUUCGGCGUGGUCGGGAACAACUCCCGCCAGGUCAAGGACAUGUACCUGAUCCCCCUCCCCUCGCACGAGGAGGUCCCCUACCAGCUCAAACCUUUUGAUGGGCCAGGUCUUGAGGAACCUAGACCGCACAUGCUCCUCGGUCUCAUCAUUCGUAACCGCUCGGCAAAGCGGUCGGCAAGUUCUAGUUCCGAGUCCACGCCGCUCCACGCGUCGAGUCCCAAGCACCGGCGCUUCAGCGAGAUCUCGGGGACACCUCCGUCCGCCACGUCGCCCUCGCUGGCGUCCGGGAGUAAACAUCGACACCAUCAUCAUCAUCAUCAUCGCCACAGACACCAUGAGCGCGAGCAUGAGAGAAAGCCACAAGUGGAACAAAAGAAGGAAGAACCUAAGAGAAAGAGUGAGGCUGCAACACCAGUCCCAGCAAAGAAAGUGUACACGAUCCCAGAACACGAGAUCAGCGAUCCAAUCGUCAAGCAGUAUGCAAACGUUGACCCUUCUGCGCUGAUAGCAAGAACGAGCCAGGAUGAGAUGGAAGAGAUGCCCUACUCCCCGGGGCAGGCUGCCCAGGAGGAGGAGGAAGAACAGCCCUACGACCCCGGGGACGAAGACUUCCUCCCUGUCGAAGAGGGCGUCGAUUCCCCCCCACCCCAGUCCCCUCCAGCACAACAGGACUCCGACUCCGACAGUGUGUUAGAGGUCGGCAUUGGUCAGUCAGACUCUAACGAAGCCAGCGCCAGCCAAUCAGAGCCUUCCUUAGAUAACAUUCUUAUGACUCCGCUUGGGGACAACCCCACCCUCUCUGAGCAACAGAGGCUGUUAAUUCAGCUGACUAAACAAGUUGAGGAGCAAAAGAAACUCCUUCUUGAGCAACAGAAGAACUUGGAGAGCAUCUGCAGUGGACCUAACAGUGCCACUGGUAGUCCCGUGGUAGAGUUUUCCACUGGGGAUGCAAAAACAGUCUCAACUGUCGGAGAAAACGUAGGAGUCGUUGUUUCUCAAGUUCAGACAACUGUCGCUUCGACGCAAGCGGUUUCUUCAGUCACAGCUUCAGGUGUUAAGACUGAUGCGGCGGAGAAAAAGACUGGCACUGAGAAAAAGACAGAUAAAAUAGAGGGGAGCGACAGUCCCGAGCUUCCCAUGAUUCCAGGACUUGGCGGAGAUCUGACUCCGCCGGUGAAUAUUCCAGGCCUCGGAGGGUCUGAUGUAAGUACUGCAGUAGGGACCCCAUCAGCAUCUUUAAGUGUGGCACCAGAAAAGGUGGAAGAAAAAGCGACGACAUCCCUCCCCCAGGAGAAGGUAUCAGAGGCAGCAUCGAAGCUAACGAGCGGUGGAUCCGCGAGCGCGAGUUCGAGCGCAUCCUUCGAGAUCCCAGCGAACAUUUCCGAACUCCUGCAGAAGGUGAGUUCCAUCGUGAAACAGACGAGUCAGGUGCCUCCAACGACGUCGGUCGCUCAGCAACCAUUGGUGCAGCAAGCACACGUUCAACAGGCGGGUGUGUCUGGAUACCUUCCCCAGAUGUCACAGAUACCAAGCACAGGUUUUCAGCAGGCUCCUGGACAAGCCACACAAGCUCCCAUUGGCCAACCAGGUGCGCCUCAACCAAUAGGAAGCUUGGGUGGAACAUGGACAGCCAAUCAGAGCGCAGCUCAAGCUGGGCAGCAGUAUAUGCCUCCACAGGGCGCCGCUGAGGGUCAAGUACGACCCACGGGACAGCCUUCACCUGCUGUUGGCGAGAGACGUUCGGAUGAUUCUAGUCGCGAGCACGGCCAUCACCAUGGUGACAGCCGGCAGCCAUCCGGUCCGUACCCUGGGUAUGAUCCGAGAAACGUGCAGAGGUUUGAGUAUAACGAACACGGCAGGCAGGUACGGCGAGAUUCCGGGGAGGACCGCCACCACAGGGACAGGUGGCACGAUCGCAGGGACGAUCGGAGAGACAGUCGCCGGGAAGACCGCCGCGACGAUCACAGGGACGAUCGUAGGGGAUCCCGCGAGCACGGCUGGGGGCGGGAUAGAGAGAGGGACAGAGAUAGAGACAGGGACAGGGACAGGGAUAGUAGGUGGAGGCAGGAUCGUAACUCCCGCGACAAAGGCAGAGGUGGUCAGUGGCAAGACAGCCACAGAAGAAGAUAGAAACACAGACUAUGUUUAUAUUGUGCCAAUACCUUCAGCUCUGUUGACAACACACAUCAACAAACCAUUGUUACGGACUAUACGUAAACACGUGUUGGGAAAAGUAAAUGUUACAGAAAUAUAUUCGUGGAACAAUUGGGUGUGGGGGCCAUUUUUGUCACUCUUUCGUUCAAGAGUUUCUGUACAACAGUUCAUGACAAAGUCUUUGAAUGAGAUGUAAUUUGGUUGCACAAGUGUUUUCGAGCAUUGUUGUGACAGAGAAGUAUAGCGUAGUAUUACUUGGACCAAUUCCCUGUAGUAUAUUACUACGCACAACUCCUGUAUGUUGUGCUCUCCGAAAUUCAAUAUAGAAUGUCAGAUAGUCUGGAUUUUGUAGUUUUUAGUUUGUGAUGUCAGCGGUUAAGCGUCAAUGUUGGGCAGUAUGGCUGCAUCAGCCUUUAAAUAGUCACAAGAAAGUAUUAGUUUGCAUAGAGACACAAUUCUUCUCUUCCUGAGCCCAACAAUUUUUAGACAAACAGUUAUGCUUGGUUAAAAACCGUCACUAGAUGCACUUUGUUCGGUACUGAAGUAUAUGUAGAAAUAGCCUGUAUUCAAACUUAUUUCUUUUUACAGCUAUAAAUGUAGAAUAUAAAAUCAUUUUCAAACUCACGGUUUCCAGUGUUGUACAAAUCCAUUUCUAGAAGUUAUAAUUUUUUUUAAGAAUCGUUUUGUAAAAUGAUAUUCUUUCUGUGGGUGAUAAAAUAUCACUUG